CACGCACCUGAGACAAAACCCUGGAAGUGGGAGCCGCGGGGUCGCAGGGAUGAUACCCCCGCAGGAAGCGUCCGCCCGACGGCGGGAAAUUGAGGACAAGCUGAAGCAGGAGGAGGAGACGCUGUCCUUCAUCCGGGACAGCCUGGAGAAGAGCGACCAGCUCACCAAAAACAUGGUGUCCAUCCUGUCGUCCUUCGAGAGCCGCCUGAUGAAGCUGGAGAACUCCAUCAUCCCUGUGCACAAGCAGACAGAGAACCUGCAGCGGCUGCAGGAGAAUGUUGAGAAGACUCUGUCCUGCCUGGACCACGUCAUCAGCUACUACCAUGUGGCCAGUGACACGGAGAAGAUCAUCAGGGAGGGCCCCACAGGGAGGCUGGAAGAGUACCUGGCGAGCAUGGCCAAGAUUCAGAAGGCGGUGGAGUAUUUCCAGGACAAUAGCCCAGACAGCCCAGAGCUCAACAAAGUGAAGCUGCUGUUUGAGCGCGGGAAGGAGUCUCUAGAGUCCGAGUUCCGCAGCCUAAUGACCCGGCACAGCAAGGUCGUCUCCCCUGUGCUCAUCCUGGACCUGAUCAGCGGCGAGGAGGAGCUGGAGGUCCAGGAGGAGGUGCCCCUUGAGCACCUGCCCGAGGGCGUGCUGCUGGACGUGGUCCGCAUCUCACGCUGGCUGGUGGAGUACGGACGCAACCAAGACUUCAUGAACGUCUACUACCAAAUCCGCUCCAGCCAGCUGGACCGCUCCAUCAAGGGCCUGCGGGAGCAUUUCCGGAAGAGCAGUUCUGCCUCCGGGGUGCCCUACUCCCCAGCCAUCCCCAGCAAGAGGAAAGACACGCCCACCAAGAAGCCCGUCAAGCGGCCAGGGACGAUCCGUAAGGCUCAGAACCUUCUGAAACAGUAUUCCCAGCAUGGUCUAGAUGGGAAAAAGGGGGGCUCUAACCUCAUUCCUCUGGAAGGGAGAGACGACAUGCUGGACGUGGAGACCGACGCCUACAUCCACUGCGUCAGUGCCUUCGUCAAGCUGGCCCAGAGCGAGUACCAGCUGCUGACGGAGGUCAUCCCUGAGCACCACCAGAAGAAGACCUUCGACUCCCUGAUCCAGGACGCACUGGAUGGGCUGAUGCUUGAGGGGGAGAAUAUCGUGUCCGCUGCCCGGAAGGCCAUCGCAAGACACGACUUCUCCGCAGUGCUCACCGUCUUCCCCGUCCUGCGGCACCUCAAGCAGGCCAAGCCCGAGGUUGACCAGGUGCUCCAGGGCACGGCCGCCAGCACCAAGAACAAGCUGCCCAGCCUCAUCGCUUCCAUGGAGACAGUUGGCGCCAAGGCGCUGGAGGACUUCGCUGACAACAUCAAGAAUGACCCGGACAAGGAGUACAACAUGCCCAAGGAUGGCACAGUGCACGAGCUCACAAGCAAUGCCAUCCUCUUCCUGCAGCAGCUCCUGGACUUCCAGGAGACGGCGGGCGCCAUGUUGGCCUCCCAAGUUCUUGGGGACACAUACAAUAUUCCUUUAGACCCCCGAGAGACCAGUUCCUCGGCCACCAGCUACAACUCCGAGUUCAGCAAGCGCCUCCUGAGCACCUAUAUCUGUAAAGUCCUGGGCAACCUGCAGUUGAACUUGCUGAGCAAAUCCAAGGUGUACGAGGACCCAGCUCUGAGCGCCAUCUUCCUACACAACAACUACAACUACAUCCUCAAGGCCCUGGAGAAGUCUGAGCUGAUCCAGCUGGUGGCCGUGACCCAGAAGACUGCGGAGCGCUCCUACAGGGAGCACAUCGAGCAGCAGAUCCAGACCUACCAGCGCAGUUGGUUAAAGGUGACCGACUACAUCUCGGAGAAGAACCUACCUGUGUUCCAACCUGGAGUCAAGCUCCGGGACAAGGAGCGGCAGAUGAUCAAGGAGCGGUUUAAGGGCUUCAAUGAUGGCCUCGAAGAAUUGUGCAAGAUCCAGAAAGCCUGGGCUAUUCCUGACACAGAGCAGAGGGACAAGAUCCGCCAAGCGCAGAAGCACAUUGUCAAGGAGACUUACGGGGCCUUCCUGCACCGGUAUAGCAGCGUGCCCUUCACCAAGAACCCUGAGAAGUACAUCAAGUACCGCGUGGAGCAGGUCGGCGACAUGAUCGACCGCCUCUUCGACACCUCCGCUUGAACCGGCUCCUGUCCCUGCCUGGUUGCACCAGACCAGCGUGCUCUCGGACACAUAAACCCAUGUUAACUUGCCUCUGGGCCGGGUGAGUCUGAUGUCCUUUGGGACAGGGACGUUUCUUCACUGCCCGGGCCAGGUGCCCUGUCCCUGGACCCUCGAGUCCUGGUCUGCGCUUCUUCCCGCAGCCCCUGUUCCCCACCAGAGCGCUCUGCUAAGCACUGGGCUUCCUGCACACCUUGGGUUUGGUGUCCCUAGCACAGCCUGCAGGGGCCAGGUGAUGGCUUCAAGACAGGAAAAGACAGAGGAAGACAAAGGCCUGUGCCCGGAGCUGCCUGGGGAGCACAAGAACAGGGGGCGGGACAGCCCCGCCGCCUGCCCCCAUGAGUCGGGGCAGGGCACCGCCCUCUUCAGCUCAGACCCCUGGCAGCCAGGCGGCCAGAGAGGACACGAGCAGCACUGACCUGCGCUCGAAAUUACUGCAGAAACGCAUUCCCCACCGCCGUCCGCAGGCUGGGUGAGGUGUUCCGUCCCAGGAGUGCGUGCGCUCCAUUCCCUCCGGGGCCGGCACCCUGCAGCUGUUCAGAGGAGUUCUCACCGCCCUGCGCGACUCUCAGGCCCCUGCCUCCUGGUCCCCAGUGCCUCCUGGCCCAGGGCCAAGCAGCAGUGGUCGCAGGGAGAGCAGUUAGGCGGGGCAGGGGUGGGGG